CGCCCCUACGCUGCCCGGCCCGGUGGGGCGCAUGGGGCGCUCGGAUCCCGGAACGCACGCGGGCCGCGCGUCCCGCCGCUGCCUACUGCGGUAAGGAGCCGAGCUGGGACGCCCCCCAGACCCCGAGCCGCCGGGCGAGGAUGACCAUGGCCGGGGGCAGAAGGGGACUGGUGGCCCCGCAAAACACGUUUUUGGAGAAUAUUGUCCGGCGGUCCAAUGAUACUAAUUUUGUGUUGGGAAAUGCCCAGAUUGUGGACUGGCCUAUCGUGUACAGCAAUGAUGGAUUUUGCAAGCUGUCUGGCUAUCACAGGGCAGAAGUGAUGCAGAAAAGCAGCACCUGCAGUUUUAUGUAUGGUGAGCUGACUGAUAAAGAUACAAUUGAAAAAGUGCGGCAAACCUUUGAGAAUUAUGAGAUGAAUUCCUUUGAAAUUUUGAUGUACAAGAAGAACAGGACACCUGUGUGGUUCUUUGUGAAAAUUGCUCCAAUUCGCAACGAACAGGAUAAAGUGGUUUUAUUUCUUUGCACUUUCAGUGAUAUAACCGCUUUCAAACAGCCAAUUGAGGAUGAUUCAUGCAAAGGCUGGGGGAAGUUUGCUCGUCUGACCAGAGCACUGACAAGCAGCAGGGGUGUUCUGCAGCAGCUGGCUCCCAGUGUGCAAAAGGGUGAAAAUGUUCACAAGCACUCCCGCCUGGCAGAGGUCCUGCAGCUGGGCUCAGACAUCCUUCCUCAAUACAAGCAAGAGGCACCAAAGACUCCUCCUCAUAUCAUUUUACAUUACUGUGUUUUUAAGACCACGUGGGAUUGGAUCAUCUUGAUCUUGACCUUCUACACCGCCAUCUUGGUCCCUUACAAUGUCUCCUUUAAAACCAGGCAGAACAACGUAGCCUGGCUGGUUGUGGAUAGCAUAGUGGAUGUAAUAUUUUUGGUAGACAUUGUGCUGAAUUUUCAUACUACCUUUGUUGGACCAGCAGGGGAGGUGAUAUCUGACCCUAAGCUUAUCCGCAUGAACUACCUGAAGACAUGGUUUGUGAUUGACCUUCUGUCCUGUUUGCCCUAUGACGUCAUCAACGCUUUUGAGAACGUGGAUGAGGUUAGUGCCUUUAUGGGUGAUCCAGGGAAGAUUGGUUUUGCUGAUCAGAUUCCACCACCUCUGGAGGGGAGAGAGAGUCAGGGCAUCAGCAGCUUGUUCAGCUCUCUGAAAGUUGUCCGGCUGCUCCGUCUUGGGAGAGUGGCUCGUAAGCUGGACCAUUACAUUGAAUAUGGAGCUGCUGUGCUGGUCCUGCUGGUGUGUGUGUUUGGGCUGGCUGCACACUGGAUGGCCUGCAUCUGGUACAGCAUUGGGGACUAUGAGAUCUUUGAUGAGGACACCAAGACGAUCCGCAACAACAGUUGGCUCUACCAAUUGGCAAUGGACAUUGGCACUCCUUACCAGUUUAAUGGGUCUGGUUCAGGGAAAUGGGAAGGUGGCCCCAGUAAGAACUCUGUCUACAUCUCCUCUUUGUAUUUCACCAUGACCAGCCUCACCAGUGUGGGCUUUGGGAACAUCGCCCCAUCCACAGACAUCGAGAAGAUCUUUGCAGUGGCCAUCAUGAUGAUUGGUUCGCUCCUCUAUGCCACUAUCUUUGGGAAUGUGACCACCAUUUUCCAGCAGAUGUAUGCCAACACCAACAGAUACCAUGAGAUGCUCAACAGUGUCCGGGACUUCCUGAAGCUCUACCAGGUACCCAAAGGACUGAGUGAGCGAGUCAUGGACUAUAUUGUGUCUACCUGGUCCAUGUCCAGAGGCAUUGACACAGAGAAGGUACUGCAGAUCUGCCCCAAGGACAUGCGAGCUGACAUCUGUGUACACCUGAACCGCAAGGUGUUCAAGGAGCACCCAGCCUUCCGACUGGCCAGCGAUGGCUGCCUGCGGGCCCUGGCCAUGGAGUUCCAGACUGUGCACUGUGCCCCGGGGGACCUCAUCUACCACGCCGGGGAGAGUGUUGACAGCCUCUGCUUUGUGGUGUCUGGCUCCCUAGAGGUGAUCCAGGAUGAUGAAGUGGUGGCCAUCCUAGGGAAAGGAGACGUGUUUGGAGAUGUGUUCUGGAAGGAAUCCACCCUUGCCCAGUCCUGUGCUAAUGUUAGGGCCUUGACCUACUGUGACCUGCAUGUGAUCAAGCGCGAUGCCCUACAGAAAGUUCUGGAAUUCUACACGGCCUUCUCCCACUCCUUCUCCCGGAACCUGAUUCUUACCUACAACCUGAGGAAGAGGAUCGUGUUCCGGAAGAUCAGCGACGUGAAACGGGAAGAGGAAGAGCGCAUGAAACGCAAGAACGAGGCCCCCCUGAUUUUGCCCCCGGAUCACCCCGUCCGACGACUCUUCCAGCGCUUUCGCCAGCAGAAGGAGGCCAGGCUGGCGGCCGAGAGAGGGGGUCGGGAUCUCGAUGACCUGGACGUGGAGAAGGGCAAUGCCCUCGCGGAGCCCGCCCCGGCCAAUCACACGCUGGUCAAGGCCAGCGUGGUCACGGUGCGCGAGAGCCCCGCCACGCCCGUGUCCCUGCAGCCGGCCUCCACGUCGUCGGGCGGGGCAGACCACGCCAAGCUGCAGGCGCCCGGCUCCGAGUGCCUGGCCCCGCGGGGCAGCGCGGGGGACUGUGCCAAGCGCAAGGGCUGGGCCCGCUUCAGGGACACGUGUGGGAAGGGCGAGGACUGGAACAAGGUGUCCAAGGCCGAGUCGAUGGAGACCCUCCCCGAGAGGACCAAGGCGUCCGGCGAGGCCACGCUGAAGAAGACAGACUCGUGCGACAGCGGCAUCACCAAGAGCGACCUCCGGCUGGACAACGCGGGCGAGGCCCGGAGCCCCCAGGACAGGAGUCCCAUCCUGGCAGAGGUCAAACACUCCUUCUACCCCAUCCCCGAGCAGACCCUGCAGGCCACGGUCCUGGAGGUGAAGCACGAGCUGAAGGAGGACAUCAAGGCUUUGAACGCCAAAAUGACCCAUAUCGAGAAACAGCUUUCCGAGAUUCUCAGGAUAUUAACUUCCCGAAGGUCCUCGCAGUCUCCCCAGGAGCUGUUUGAAAUAUCAAGGCCCCAAUCCCCAGAAUCAGAGAGAGACAUUUUUGGAGCCAGCUGAGAGG